CGGCUGCAGGGAAAAAGCCGGCGCCGCGCUCCUCCGGCGACCAGGGGGCAGCAGCGAGAGGCCAGCCGGAAGUGCCGCCGCUCUAGCCCGCCGCUUUCCGGCAGGCGCUCGUCUCCUCCCUCCCGCCCUCCCCCGCGGCGCGCGCACCCGAAGGUCGCCGGGAGCGCGCGGUGCGGCAGUGACGACGGCGCGCUCCCCCUUCCCUCCCUCCUCUCCCCCGGCACCGCCGACGCCGAGGAGGAGGAGGAGGCGGCCCGGCGGCGGCGGCGGCGGCGGCGGGAGGCCAUGGAGGCGCCCCCCCGGAGCAGCGGCAGCAGCGGGCCCAGGAGCCUCUCCGGUGUGGAGGUGACCGGGGGCUGCCGCGUGCCAAGUGACCUGAGCCUGGCCCAGCGUGGCAGAGAGCUUUACUUGGUUAUCCGUUCCCGAGAGAAGGACCCACCUGUCCAAGAAAACAUUCCCAUCAACAGCCAUUUUAAAUGUGUGCAAGAGGCCGAAGAACCUCUCUUGAUCGACAUCGCAGCAAACACUGGCUGCAAGAUCCGCGUCCAGGGGCUGCUGAGCGACCGGCCUGUGGAGCAUCUCUUUGAGGUCGCGGAUGAGGAGCAGUGCUCAGGGUUCCUUGCGGAAGUGCUGAGAGCUCAGGAAGUCCAGCCAAAGGCCUCUUUCCCGGACCUUGCGGACCAUGCCUCCUGGAGCCGAGUCAAAGGCCUCUCGGGGCCCGCAGAGCCCCCUCCUGCAGGAAUGCUGGGCUUUGAGGACAACUUCAGUGGGAUGAGCCUGGAGAAGAAAAGGAACCUGCAGAACCAGCAACUGAGCGCCCGCCGGGAGCCCCCCCCGCCCCCCCUGCCACCCAACCGACCGUGCCUCCGCGAGAAGGAGAAGGGCGGGCUGAGCCGGGAGCAGCCCCCAGGCAGUGGCCGCCCCAUGCGGAUGCUGCUGGCGCCCCCCACGCCCUCGGAGCGCAGGGAGGGGCUCAUCAAGCACCUGCUGGCCAAGCAGGAGAAGGAGUACGUCGACAUCCAGAACUUCCGGGACCCGCGUCGGGCAGGCUCCCGAGGUCUUUGUCCAGGUCCUGCAGGAUCUUCUUCCCCUUUCUCCCGAUGGGCGGGCUCAGCAGCCGUGUUUGUGUUGCAGGUUCUUUGUGGGGACGUGGAACGUGAACGGCCAGUCUCCAGACAAUGGGUUGGAACUCUGGCUGAGCGGCGACCCGGAGCCCCCAGACGUCUACUGCAUUGGGAGCAAGAGUGGCUGGAGGCCGUGGAGAAGGCCCUGCAUUCCAAAGCCAAGUACAAAAAAGUGCAGCUGGUGCGGCUGGUUGGGAUGAUGUUGCUGGUCUUCGUCCGGAAGGAGCAGCUGGGCUGUAUCAAGGAUGUGAUGGCGGAGACGGUGGGCACAGGCAUCAUGGGGAAGAUGGGUAACAAGGGAGGCGUGGCCGUGCGGUUCGUCUUCUGCAACACGAGUUUUUGCAUCGUCAACUCCCACCUGGCUGCUCACGUGGAGGACUUUGAGCGCCGCAACCAGGACUACAAGGACAUCUGUGCCCGGAUGAGCUUCCUGCCCCCAGACCAGAGCGUGCCGCUGCUGACCAUCAUGAAGCACGACGUGGUCAUCUGGCUGGGAGAUCUGAACUACAGGCUUUGCCUCCCUGAUGCCAACGAGGUGAAAACGCUCAUCAGCAAAAACGAGCUCCAGAAACUGCUGGCCUAUGACCAGCUGAAUAUUCAGCGUGCUCAGAAGACAGCUUUUGCUGAUUUUACAGAGGGAGAGAUUACAUUCAUCCCCACGUACAAAUUUGACUCUAAAACAAACCGCUGGGAUUCUAGCGGGAAGUGCCGUGUUCCAGCCUGGUGCGACCGGAUCCUCUGGAGGGGGCUCGGCGUCAACCAGCUCCAGUACCGCAGCCACAUGGAGCUGAAGACGAGCGACCACAAGCCCGUCAGCUCCCUCUUCCUCAUUGGGGUGAAGGUUGUGGACGAUCGGCGGUACCGGAAGGUGUUUGAAGACAUCGUCCGGAUGAUGGACAGGAUGGAGAACGACUUCCUGCCCUCGCUGGAGCUCAGCCGGCGGGAGUUUUCCUUUGAGAAGGUGAAGUUCCGGCAGCUGCAGAAGGAGACCUUCCAGAUCACCAACAACGGGCAGGUGCCCUGCCACUUCUCCUUCAUCCCCAAGCUCAACGACAGCCAGUACUGCAAGCCGUGGCUGCGCGCAGAGCCCUGCGAGGGCUACGUGGAACCCAACGAGACGGUGGACAUCUCCCUGGACGUGUACGUCAGCAAGGACUCGGUGACGCUCCUGAACUCCGGGGAGGAGAAGAUCGAGGACAUCCUGGUGCUGCACCUGGACCGCGGCAAGGACUACUUCCUGACCAUCAGCGGCAGCUACCUGCCCAGCUGCUUCGGCACCUCCCUGGAGGCGCUUUGCCGCAUGAAGCGGCCCAUCCGCGAGGUCCCCGUCCUCAUCGAUCUGGGAGAAGACCGCUUCCUAGGAAAGGAGAAGUCGCUUCUGGAGGUGCUGCCCCAGGAGGAGGACUCCGGCGAGCGGCCCUUGCAGAUCCCCAAGGAGAUCUGGCUCUUGGUGGACCACCUCUUCAAGAAUGCCUGCCACCAGGAGGAUCUCUUCCAGACCCCAGGCUUGCAGGACGAGCUGCAGGACAUCAUCGAGUGCCUGGAUACCAGCAUUCCAGAGACAAUCCCUGGCAGCAACCACUCGGUGGCUGAAGCCCUGCUCAUCUUCCUGGAGGCGUUGCCCGAACCAGUCAUCUGUUACGAGCUGUAUCCACGCUGCCUUGAAUGCUCCCACGACAGCCGCCUCUGCCGGCAGGUGAUCUGCCAGUUGCCGCGUUCCCACCGCAACGUCUUCCGCUACCUGAUGGGCUUCUUGCGAGAGCUGCUCAAGUACUCGGAGGGCAACAACGUCGGCGCCAACAUGCUCGCCACCCUCUUUGCCAGCCUCCUGCUGCGCCCGCUGCCCAAGCUGCUGCCGAAGCAGACCCCGCAGGACCGCCAGCGGGCCAUUGCCUUCCUCCUCAGCUUCCUGAUGGGGGGGGACGACUACUGACGGUGCCCGAGUGGCUCUGGGUGCCCUGCUCCCGCCCGCCCCCCCUCGCCCUCCCUCCCUCCAGCUGUGUGGCCGGUGGGCCUGGUGGAGAGGCAGCCUGUUUGCCGGCAGUUGGCUCCGAGCCACUUGGGGUCAGGAGGCUGUGGGGCUGGGGAGCGCCUUUCUCCGCGCCUUGGGCCUCGCCCUGGUCGCAGCCGGGCAGGGCGAGGACUGCCCGGCACCCUCAGUCAGCCCGGACUGGCAGCAGCUUCUCUGGCCCACCCUGCGUCUCCGUUUGGCCCGGGGGUGGAGGAGCGUAUUCAGGCACCUGCUGGUCUCUUGGUGGGCUCUGGUUCUUCACGAAACACUAAGCACUGCCAGGAGGGGGGGGGGGUCGGGGGGGCUGAGUGGGGCUCUUCCUGCCCCUUCACCGUUCUGCACUGUUCGCUUUCCAGUUGUCGGUCCAGAGUUCUUGUACUUUGUGCUUUCCCCCCCCAGCCCUUUUUUUUCUUUUUUUAAACAAGCUGUAUAAUUUAUUGGGAAUCCUUGUUUCGAAAUAAAUCUCCGUUGUGCAAA